GAAGUAGAAAUGGAUGCCAUCAGCUGGCGGGCCGGCAGUCCAGCCAUGAAUGGGCACCCUGCCGUCACACCAGUGACCACUGCUCGUUUCCCCAGCUGGGUCACUUUUGAUGACAAUGAAGUCAGCUGCCCUUUGCCACCGGUCACCUCUCCCGUGAAACCAAAUACGCCGUCGGUUGCAACUCCCACCCCAGAUGCACCCUACAACCCAACUGGGUCAUUUAAGAGGGACCGUCCCAAGAGCACACUGAUGAACUUCUCUAAAGUUCAGAAGCUGGACAUUUCCUCCUUAAACCGUCCACCUUCCGUCAUCGAGGCACCGCCCUGGAGGGCCACCAAUCCUUUCCUGAACGAGACGCUGCAGGACGUACAGCCCUCCCCUAUCAACCCGUUUAGUGCUUUCUUUGAAGAGCAGGAGCGGCGCUCCCAGCACAGUUCUGUUUCCACAGGCAAAAGCCAAAGAGAUUCUCUCAUUGUCAUCUACCAGGAUGCCAUCAGUUUUGAUGAUUCCGGCAAAAGCCAGUCCCACCCCGGUGCUAUUGAAAAGCUCAAACAGCUCCAAAUUGAUGACCCCGAUCAUGUGGGCAGUGCCGCCCUGCCUGAUGAUGACCCCAUAGCCUGGGUUGAACUAGAUGCUCACUCACCUGCCUCCGCUCUGUCUCAACCCAGGGACGGAUGGCCGAUGAUGCUGCGAAUCCCCGAGAAGAAAAACAUCAUGUCCUCUAGGCACUGGGGACCAAUCUACAUCAAACUGACAGACAGCGGCUACCUGCAGCUGUAUUACGAGCAGGGCCUGGAGAAACCAUUCCGUGAAUUCAAGCUGGAGAUCUGCCAUGAGGUUUCCGAACCCCGGCUCCAAAACUAUGAUGAGAACGGGAGGAUCCACAGCUUGAGGAUAGACCGAGUCACUUACAAAGAGAAGAAGAAAUACCAGCCCAAACCGGCUGUGGCCCAUACAGCUGAGAGGGAGCAGGUGAUUAAACUGGGUACCACCAAUUACGAUGACUUCCUGAGCUUCAUCCAUGCGGUUCAGGACUGUCUCAUGGAUUUACCCGUGCUCUCCAUGGACUUGAGCACGGUUGGCUUAAACUACCUCGAAGAGGAGAUUACGGUGGAUGUGAGAGACGAAUUCUCUGGCACCGUAAGCAAGGGAGACAACCAGAUCCUCCAGCACCGUGUCUUGACACGGAUCCACGUCCUGAGUUUCCUGUCCGGGCUCGCCGAGUGCCGCCUGGGCCUCAAUGACAUCCUUAUCAAAGGAAACGAAAUUGUUUCCCGUCAGGACAUCAUGCCCACCACCACCACGAAGUGGAUCAAGCUCCACGAGUGCCGCUUCCACGGGUGUGUGGAUGAGGACGUGUUUGCCAGUUCCCGGGUUAUUCUUUUCAACCCUUUGGACGCAUGCCGGUUUGAACUAAUGAGGUUUAGGACAGUAUUUGCCGAGAAGACCCUGCCCUUCACGCUCAGGACAGCAGCGAGCAUCAACGGGGCAGAGGUAGAGGUGCAGAGCUGGCUGAGGAUGUCGCCUGGCUUCUCAUCUAACCGCGACCCCCUCACUCAGGUUCCCUGUGAGAACGUGAUGGUUCGCUACCCAGUGCCCAGUGAAUGGGUGAAAAACUUCCGCAGGGAAAGUGUUCUAGGGGAAAAGUCUUUGAAAGCCAAAGUGAACCGGGGGGCAAGUUUUGGCUCGGCUGGUGUCUCUGGCUCUGAGCCUGUCAUGAGAGUAACUCUGGGAACUGCCAAGUAUGAGCAUGCCUUCAAUGCCAUUGUGUGGAGGAUAAACCGGCUGCCAGAUAAGAACUCAGCUUCUGGUCACCCACACUGUUUCUUUUGCCACCUCGAACUUGGCUCUGACCGGGAAGUGCCUUCCAGAUUUGCCAAUUAUGUAAAUGUCGAGUUCAGCAUGCCCACGACUUCUGCCUCCAAAGCAGCUGUGAGAUCCAUCUCUGUGGAAGACAAGCCUGGUGUCAGGAAGUGGGUCAAUUACUCUGCCCACUACAGCUACAAGGUGGAAAUUGAACAAAAAAAGAGUUUGAAGCCAGACUUCGAGGGAGAGGAGUUGGACAACCCAAAGGAAUGUGGGGUACAGUGACAGUGGCCUUCUGUGUAAGGAUCUGAGGAGCUGACUCACGAUCGGGUGUCUUCCUGAGUAGUCAAGUUUAAGUCAACACCUGCUGUGGCUGCUUCUCAUUGGGGGCAGUCUACCACAGUUUCCUGUGUGCAGUCACCUGUGUGUGACAGGAAAUCCUGCAAGGGGGUCACUUUCAAUAGACUCCUUGACACUGAGCAUGCCUGAAGCACGGGGUGCACCCGGCUUUUGGAGUGUAUUGUAUAUUGAGCCUCCUUGUCUCUUUUCUGCUUAUAUCAUGACACUGGGGUAUGGUUUAUGGUGACGAUUAGAGACCUGAAGAGAACGUCCAACGUCCAUCUUGGCACAGUUUGCUCCCGGUAUCCAUCUGUCCCUUGUAGGUUUCUGGAAAAAGCAGUCUGGAAAGUUAAAUCAAGAAUCCAUCUCCAGGGGUCCCUCUAUAAAAAAAAAAGUGAGAAGAAUUUCAAAACCAUCUUUGGGUCCACUAGGCCUUUUCUAGAAAUCUCCAUUCUUUAAAUGCUGAUUUCACUCCACAGAGGUUUUCCAGAUGUUUCCUUUCUGUUCUGGAUUGUUCAAGAUCAAAAUAAUUUUCUUCAACUCCUACUUUCCCGUUUGCUAUCCUAAGUCAUGAUACCCAGUGGGAGAGGCCAAUCAGAUUUCUUUUUUUUCGAAUUCGGGGGUUGGAGCUUAAUUCUACAAAUGGACUGGAUUAGAUUCACAAGCUGUUGAAAAGAACGGAAAGCUGAACUAUUUUUUCUCCACUUGAAGGAAAGGGGACAUUACAUGUAAUUAUAUUCAGUUCAGAAGACAGCUCCAGUCAUAAUGAACUGUCAGAUUCUCACCGAUCACUUCUAAUUCCUGAAAUACAGGCAUGGCUAUGGGAGAGGCCUGUGAGAAAGGCACUCGGGAGUUCUUUCUAUACCUCUUAGGCGAUGACUGUUACAUGUCCCUUUAACUCGAAAUUUAGAGAAAACGUAAAGAGUAAACGCUCAAUUGGAUGAGCUUUGCCUCAAAUAACAAGGCUGGUGGUCAGUGUUGUGAAAGUACAAACACUGGAGAAAGCCGGAUUCCCCGUGUCAUGAACGUGAAAACCUGAUUCCGAGAACCAGAACUUCCCUCUCUGUCCCAUGUUCCCAGCCCACCCACUGUUCCCACUCCCUGCUUAUUUAUACCUUGGUGUUUUCUCUCCUGAAGGAUAAAGUGAGGAGACAGAAUGCAUAUUUUAUCAGACUUGAGAAAUAUAAGGAAAUAUAAAAUACCUGCAGUUUGGGACUGACUGGUUCAAGAUUUAUAUAUUGAGCUCCUAUUUAGUGAGACUGAUCUACGUACUGGCCUUCGACAUUAGAAAUCAUUGCAGUGUUUUAAACUGUGUUGUUUUGUUUUGUUUUCAAGACAGGGUUUCUCUGUGUAGCCUUGGCUGUCCUAGAAUUCUCUCUGUAGACCAGAUUGGCUUUGAACUCAGAGAUCCAUGUGCCUGUCUCCAGAGUGCAGAGAUUAAAGGCAUGUGCCACCACCUUCCCUGGCUUGAACUAUGUUUUUAGCUAUCUAAGCAUUAGAUUGAAAUGAAAAGGACAAGCUGCAUAGGCAUAGACCUGUAUUUUGAGUUUUUAAAAUGCCACCCUUUCAGUUCGGAAGUGCAUGUGUGUGUAGAACCCAGGAGGCUGGGUUUUAUAGCAGUUCAUAUAGAAAUGUUUGCUUAAGGAAAUGGGAGGUUGGUUUUGAACCAGGUAUAUAUCAUGGCUAUUCACAAAGCUAAUGCAUUCCGCCUGUGGUGGUAGGUGUUUAAACAACUCUGCAUGGUGCAUUCACCCACACAUGCCUGAAUGGAGGGGUUGCAUCCCAUUAUAGCUACUAUAUUUUAAGGGAAGCAUUAAUAUGUUGAAUGUGUCCACAGGCAGGUAAGCAAAGUUGUGAAGAUGGUCACUCUAUAAGGAACGGAAGAGGGGGGUGGGAGUGUCCUCCAGAACAGAGGGUAUAGCUGCAAACGGAGGACAGUUUGGAAAUGAUGUAAUGGCUGCCACAAAGUUUCAACUAAACUAUAAAAAGGAAGAGGGGUUAGAUUUGCUUUGCAUAACUUUAAAGGCAAACAGAAUAGAAACCGAAGAGAACUUUACAGAUGUUUGCUCAAGAUAAGCAUCUUCUAGUAAGGAGUGUUCUAAAAAAGAAAAACGUCAAGUAAGAUUUCCUGCUGUAGCAAAUGCUCGUGGGUUAACUGAGCCACGCCUGUCCUGGGUGCUGUGAAAGGGACUGUCACGUUGGUUUGGGGUAAGAUGACAGGAAAGCUCUUUUCCAAAUAGUCUCGAUAGGAAUGAGAUGCUAUAGCUCCAGACAGCCUUUCUCUGUUUUCGUCCUAUGGGAGGACAGUGGAAUCCUCAAAAAGAACUUGGUCAAAGGAUCCCAUGUCGUUUCCGCUGUUGAGCUAAAGGCCUUCAAGAGUUCUCAGAUGUCCAAGUGCUUGAAGAAUGGGCAAGAAGGUCAUCCCUAGCCCAGCGCUGUCAGGCACUGCCUCGGAGGUAGCAUAGAGUGCACAGUACCUGUGCUGUCUUCUCUCACACCCCCUCGGUUAAUUCUUCUUGCUUUGGUGCUUCUCCUGGACUGUUUGGAAUUGUGUUGUUUUUACCAUUAAUCAAACAUUGGUUGAAAAAAAAUUCCCCUCUGUGCUAUUUGUAUCUAGUAAGCAAAUUAUCUAAUCUUUAAAAAUCUACUACCUUGGUUCUACCAAAUUUGUUUUGCCUCCACUGUGCUUAGGGUCAUUGUGGAAAACAAUGUAGGGGGCUGAGAAGUAUAAUAAGAUGUAUCUGAGGACUUAUGAAUAACCUAUAUAAAAACCAUAGUUAGGCAGAUUACCCUUUUGAUAUGCAGAAUGUGUGCUUACCACAUGGGCCCUCAGUUUUUUUCCUCCCAUGGUUACAAAAAAAAAAAAAAAUCCUAGUCUGUGUUCUCAAUAAUGUAAAGAGGAUGGAUUUUACCAAUACACUUAAAAUAUGCUUGGUGUCAUGUGGUUUCAAAAACUUUUUGAGUCAAGGGCUUGUUUUUCAACUUUAUAGUCAAACAGGACAAAAAAAGAUACUCAUUCUACUAUAUCAAACAAGGGGACUGGCUGUGUAGCUCAAUGGUGGAGAGCUUGCCUAGCAUGCACAAGCCCCCAGGUUCAACCCCCAGUACCAAAUAAACAAGCAACAAAAAGAGUGGGAGGGAUUUUGAGGACAGACCACGACACCUCUCUUAUAGACAUAGUGCUAGUUAGUUAUUUCCUUUCAAAAGCCAGCCCUUUGAUCCUAGUAGACUUUUUCUUUUGUUGUUCUUUUGUUUUGUUUCCUGUUUGCUUCCCCACCUCACUACCUUCCCACAUUUCUGUCCAGGCUUGUCCUCAAGAGUAUUCCUACAUUUAAAAGAGUCCUUAUUUGAAAUGAGACUAAUUUCUGUGUAGAAACCUGGUUGGAAUCAGGAAUCUAUGUCCCUAGAAGGUCUACUCCUGAGAAAUGUGGUACAUGAAGACAAAUUAUUGUGGUUAUUACUGAACCACUAUCAUUGUGAUUUAAAGGCCUGCCACAAAGUGUGAGCCCAGCCCCCUUACUCCCUACUGCUAAAUCAAAUACACUCAUUAAAUGAGUGGAAAUCAUUGUCGCUUUGGCUCUGAGACCACUUAUCCUUUGCUCAGUUAGCAUCCAGUCCUCACGCUACAGCUAACAAGCAGCAUUUAUUUUCCGGAGGUCUUAAACACUUUGAUUUUGCUUUUAUUCCUGCCACCAGUGUCAGCCAAGUGUCAGGAGAGAGGCACUUACUGUGUGGCUGAAUCUGACCCACAACAGACCUUAUUCAUAUUGAGAAACAUUUCUACGCUCGGAGAUGGAGGGGUGCAGGUGUUGUCCACAGUUAGGCUAUCGAUCCAGUUUUAUUGCUGCCAGUCAAACAGACCUGUGGGCUCUGGCCCUUCCCACAAGAGUAAGUGGUGGAAGAUGCAAGCGUCUGAUGGAGUACACAGCCAGUCCUGCUCUGUCAGGCCUUUGUCUUCCCACAUUGACCAGUGCUACUGUGCACACCACAUCCCCACAUGGGAUGGGGAUCUGAGUUGGGAAGGCUGAGGCUCACCAGGUGAAAUCCUGAUUUCAAAAUUUCUAUUUUAUAAUCAGUUUAGGGGUUGAGAGAGAGAUUGAGCUGACCUCUUUCUAUUUUUCCUUAAAAGUUCAAGGAAUUAACUAUUAUGAGUUGGAAGCAAUACCAUCCAACCUACUUGUAUAAUUUCUUCUGGUAAAAACUGGUAUUUUUUUAAAAAAGUGUUUCAAGACA